AUGUCAGAGGAAGAGGUGGUGGUUCUCCAACCCCUUGCGACGAAUGUCUACUCUGAAGGUCUAGCCCCGAUCACCCGGACCUUUGGCCCUAACCCCCGUGGCUCUACUAGCCGCAACGAUGUAUUACCGCCCUGUGUUAUUUUGGCAGGACAGGUGUUCGCAGCCCCCGAGGACAUGCCGUCCCCAACCGUGGGUGUCACCUCACUUGCCUUCCUGACACCUGCUUGGGGCAUGGGUGCCCCCUCGGGGCCUGCUGAAAAUCCACGGGCAGUGGGAAGCACUCGUGCUCUGGAUCUGGCUCACAGCACCCGAACUACCCCACUCUCCUCAAUACCCCAGUGUAUAAACUGUAGGUGCUCUCACAGCAACAGGUCACAGGUGAGUAGAGUUUUCCCUGAACACCUCGGGUCACUGUGGCACCUCCCGGCUGGGUUCUGCAAACUGUUGCUUUAUGGGGUGCUGGACAUGGAUGCAGCCUCAGAUGUUUUCAAACACUACAGCAAGUUUUACAAGGACUAUGGCGACAUCAUCAAGGAAACGUUAACUAGAGCAAGGCAGAUUGACCGGAGUCAUUGCUCCCAGAUCCUGCUGCUGAGCCUCAAGCAGUUGUAUACAGAAUUGCUACAAGAACAGGGGCCCCAGGGCCUGAAUGAGCUUCCAGCCUUUGGUGAGAUGAGGGAUCUGGCCCGAAGGUUUGCUUUGAGCUUCGGACCCCAGCAGCUGCAGAUCCGUGACCUUGUGGUCACACUCCACAAGGAAGGCAUCAAGUUCUCCUUGUCUGAACCGCCUCCACCUGGAUCCUCCAGUCAGCCCCCAAACCUGGCCUUCCUGGAGCUCCUUCCAGAGUUUUCCCCCCGACUCUUCCAUCAGGACAAGCAGCUGCUACUGUCCUACCUGGAAAAGUGUUCGCAGCGUAUCUCCCAGUCACCUGCUUGUCCCUGGGGUCCAGUCACCACCUACUGCCACUCCCUCAGCCCUGUGGAGAACACAGCAGAGACCAGUCCUCAGGGCUGCCCCCGCUACAAGAAAAGGCGUACUGAAGGUCCCUCCAGCGGCAGAGAGGAUGUCUCUUCGUCUCAGGAAGAAAGCCUGCAGCUGAACAGCAUCCCACCCACACCCACCCUCACCUCUACAGCCAUCAAGAGGAGGCAGCCCCUGAGGGGGCUGGAAGAGGUGGAGGAAGAAGGCCGCUCAGAACGAGAGCUGACCCAGGGCCAACCUCUGUCAGGCAACCAGAGGUCAAGGUUCUCAAGUCCACAGCAUUUCCAGACUCUCCUCAACCCUUCAGGUCCUGGUUUGGGCAACCGGCUGACCCGACUCAGCCUCAUGGAAGAGGAUGAAGAAGAGUUGGAAAUUCACGAGUUAAGUGAGGAAUGGCAAGAAACAGACAAGCACACUUCCCCCAGUGAGCUCGGGCUGGACCUUUUAGAUUCUACAGAGCUAAACCUUGAGGAUUUCUGA